UUUUUACCCAGCAUGCAUCGCGUCAUGAGGGCAGCCUGGCAGUAAGCAAAAACAACAACAGGCUACUUUGCAAAGAAAGCGGCUGCAUGGAUGGCGACCCAGGAGCUCGCUGUUGCAGGCGUGCAAUGAUCUAGUCCUAAACGCAAUAAUGCACCCCAGCGCUAUGAUCAACGGCAGCGGCGGCGGUGCCAUGAACAGUGGACUCCCAGCUUCAGCUGCUCCGCUCGGGGGUGCCGGGAUACCCAAUGUCAAGGUGAAGUUUUGCCGUUACUACGCGAAAGACAAGACCUGCUUCUAUGGAGACGAGUGUCAGUUCCUGCACGAGGAUCCGUCCAUGGCUAGCCUGCCCCUGCACGGCGGCGGGAGCCCCGUCCCGUUGUCUCUGUCCGGGGGUGGCGGGACGCCAGCGGGGUAUUCCCUCAGCGGCUCCGCGGCUUCCUGCCCGGGCGGCGGGGGGACCGGUGUGCCCAAAAAGAGUGAAAGCAUGGGGCCUGCGGGGACAUCUCUGGACGGGUCGCUCUUAACCAUCCCAGGAAUGGAGGGUCCAACGCUGAGCGAUGCCAAUCUUACCAACUCCUACUUCAGCAGCAGCUUUAUUGGGGUGAAUGGAUUUGGAAGCCCUGCUGAGCCCAAAUACUCCAUGAUGCAGCGAAUAACUACCAGCAGCAGCUCUCCCAGUCUCCUCAACGACGGUGCCAAGAAUUUCAGCCACAGCGCUCAUGAUCCAGUGAACUCGCCGACAUCGUCACUGUUCAGCGAUUUUGGUGCUCUCAGCAUUUCCCAAAGGAGAAAGGCUCCCAAUCCGGCAGCAAGUGAGUUCAUCCCUAAGGGAGCUCCACGAAUGGCCACCAUGGCCCAGUCUUCAGUCCAGGCCUUCCCCUCGCCUCUCUUCGCUCAUCCAGGCCUCAGCAGCUCCACAGCAGCCGCUCUCGCUCCGGGCAUGUCUUUAUCGGCGGGAUCAUCCCCCCUUCACUCGCCGAAAAUCACGCCCCAUACCUCGCCCGCCCCGCGUCGGCGCAGCCACACCCCAAACCCGGUCAACUACAUGGUGCCCACCACGGCGUCCGACCAGGGCACUCACAUCAUCCAGAAGGAGACAGUCGGGGGGACCACCUACUUCUACACGGACAACACCCCUGCACCCAUGGCCGGGAUGGUGUUUCCUACCUACCAUAUCUACCCCCCCACCGCGCCCCAUGUGGCUUACAUGCAGCCCAAAGCCAACGCCCCGUCCUUCUUCAUGGCCGAUGAACUCCGACAGGAGUUGAUAAACAGACAUCUGAUAACCAUGGCCCAGAUUGACCACUCAGAGAACCCAGACGUCCCUUCUGAGGUGGACAGCUACCACAGCCUGUUCCCUUUGGAGCCCCUCCCCCCGCCCAACUGCAUGCAGAAGACCAGCAACUUCAGCUACAUCACGUCCUGCUACAAGGCGGUCAACAGCAAGGAUGACCUGCCGUACUGCCUGAGGAGGAUACACGCUUUUCGCCUUGUCAACACCAAGUGCAUGAUGUUGGUGGACAUGUGGAAGAAGAUCCAGCACUCCAACUCUGUAACGCUGAGGGAGGUCUUCACCACAAAAGCCUUUGGAGACCAUUCAUUGGUGUUCUCCUACGACUUCCACGCGGGUGCAGAGACCAUGUUCAGCCGUCACUUCAACGACCCAGCAGCUGACUCGUAUUUCACCAAGAGGAAGUGGGGACAACAUGAGCCACCGCCACCGCGGCAACACGCCGGCCUGCUCCCCGAGUCCCUGAUCUGGGCCUACAUAGUCCAGCUCAGCUCCGCCCUGCGCACCAUCCACACAGCGGGCCUGGCCUGUCGUGUCAUGGAUCCCAGCAAGAUUCUCAUCACCGGAAAGACCAGGUUACGGGUGAACUGUGUUGGUGUGUUUGACGUCUUAACGUUUGACAACAGUCAGACCAACCACCUUGCCCUGAUGCCACAAUACCAGCAAGCCGACCUGGUGUCGUUGGGCAAAGUGGUGCUGGCGCUGGCGUGUAACUCGCUGGCUGGCAUUCAGAGGGAGAACCUGCAGAAGGCCAUGGAGCUGGUGUCCAUCAACUACUCUUCAGACCUCAAGAACCUCAUACUAUAUCUGCUGACUGAACAGUCCCGCCUGCGCAGCGUCAACGACAUUAUGCCGAUGAUCGGAGCUCGAUUUUACACACAACUGGACGCAUCGCAGAUGAGGAAUGAUGUCAUUGAGGAGGACCUGGCCAAGGAAGUGCAAAAUGGCCGCCUCUUCCGCCUGUUGGCCAAACUGGGCACCAUCAACGAGAGACCCGAGUUUCAGAAGGACCCCACGUGGUCAGAAACGGGCGACCGCUACCUGCUGAAGCUUUUCCGGGACCAUCUUUUUCAUCAGGUGACGGAAGCCGGGACGCCCUGGAUCGACCUCAGCCACAUCGUCUCCUGCCUCAACAAACUUGACGCAGGUGGUCCCGAGAAGAUAAGCCUGGUGUCGCGGGACGAGAAGAGCGUCCUGGUGGUGACCUAUUCGGACCUGAAGCGCUGCUUUGACAGCACCUUCCAAGAGCUGCAGGCAGCCGCCUCAGGCUCCCUGUAGCGCCCCCUUCAGGCCCGGAGCACACAAUUGCACUAUGGCGGACGGCCAGGGCUCGGGGUGACAUCAGCAUGGCGAAGGCAGAGCGGGGCUUCGUGAACCUCAGUCACAUACACUGUCCACCAGGAAGGCUUUUUCCCCUAAAUGUUUUUUUUUUUUUUUUUUUUUUAUUUUCCUAAAAAAAAAAAAAAAAAAAAACGCAGCUGGAAAAAGCAAAAAGGAAAAAAAAGGUGACGGACGCUUGGAUGCCAUUCAUGACAUUUUUAGAUUUGGGGAACAAAUGGAGAAGCAAACUUUGUGUUUUCUGAACUAUUUUUCCUGCUUUUAUUGUUUCUUUCUACCGCUGGGGGUUCUCUUUGUGAGGAGAAUGCACUAAGAUUUUAAUUUUGGUUAUUUUUUUAUGAACAAGCGUGAAUGGCCAACAGAGUGUACAGAGAGUCAUACACUUAUCUCAACAUCAAAUCCUUUUUUUUUUUUUUCCAAUGGACUGCAUUGGGGGCUGGAGGAUUUUUAUUGGACAACACAGAACGUUCCUGCACUGCCCCCCCACCCACCAAGGACAAACCACUGGGGCUGAGGUGCUGAAAACUGGAGCAGGGACAGGAGUGGAUGCUGUGUGGGAGGGAGGGAGGACUAACGGGCUGUGCUGUGGGUGGUACAUGGUUGCACCUCCCCGCCGCUUUUGGAUGAUGGACACCAAAGUGACAUGAGCUAGCUCAAGAAUGGGUGGUUUGGGUUUGGCUGUGCAGCACUUGCUUGUAGCCCCCAUGUGUGGGGUUUCUGUUGAGGUUGAGCCACAGCUGCCUCUUUGUGGAAUGUCCUAUGCUAUCUUCUCUCUGCCCCCCUCUCCUCAUUGUGGAGUUGUUGUGCAGAGGUGCAUGAUGGGAAGUGGGUGACUACCUUUCUAUUCUGUGGACCAAUACCAGCAGGGAUGAAAAGAACAAGGCAGCAUUUUUUUAGUUUAAUAAGAUGAUGAAACUACAAGCUGGUGAGAGCCCCCCUCCCCCCAAAAAAUCAUUGAAUGUGUUCAGCCGUCAUUGGUGGUCCAGUUUUGAUAAAACAUGGGCAGGACUUCUUGCUGGGGGGUUGUCGUGCUGUCAAGGUUCCCUUUAAAGCUCCAUUUGGAGAUGAAACAUGUUUGAGCCCAAACGCUGCACUCGGUUUCUUCUCCGCCUUCAAAAUGGACCACAAAGUCACAUCACAAGCUGAGGUGCAAGGCUCAAACCAAGAACCGCGUCUGGGCUGAGCUGUUUCUGAUUGGUGUUUUAAAGGACGACAGGAAUCAUGUACUACUUUCUCUCUUUUUAGCCAAACAAAAACACAUUUUGGUGAAUGUGGUGCUUUAGAAACCCCCCACCCACCCCAAAACACAAGAUUCCAUGUACACAUGACUGCCCCCCUCGCCCCCCCACACACAGCAUUACUUGACCAGCCACAUGCUAACACACACACACUCCAGUAAUCAACCACACACCAUCUUAGUACCUUCUUGCCCCUCUUGUGUUCAUUGUCUCAAACUUUGCAAUAUUUGUGUGUACAGCAGUAUUUUAAUAAAGAAUACCAAAACUAA